AUGCCAUAUGCGAAUCAGCCAGUAAUCAACAUUCUCGAACUCAGUGAUGAGUUGGUUCGUUUUUCACUGGAAGAUACCGAUCUUAGCGUAGCUAACUCAUUGCGGCGAGUCUUCAUAGCUGAGGUUCCAACGAUAGCCAUCGAUUGGGUGCAGAUCGAAUCAAAUACCAGUGUUCUUCAUGAUGAAUUUAUUGCUCAUCGAAUGGGUUUAAUACCAUUCGUUUCUGAUACUGUAGUUGACGAUAUGCAAUAUACCAGGGAGUGUCAUUGCACAGAGUUUUGCGAUGCCUGCUCAGUACUCUUUGAACUCAAUGUAAAGUGCAAAGAAGAAGCCACUCGAUCGGUCACAACAGCUGAUCUUGUAUGCAAGACGGAAAAGUACAGUAGCACAGUGUUCCCUGCUUGUGGAACUCAUUUGAAAAACCGUGGAGUGCAUUUUAGCGAUGAAUAUGGCCAGCAUGAAGAUAUUCUGAUUGUGAAGUUGAGAAAGGGCCAGGAAAUCAACCUCAAGUGUUAUGCCAAGAAGGGCUUUGGCAAAGAGCAUGCAAAAUGGAAUCCCACCUGUGGUGUUGGCUUCGAAUAUGAUCCUGAUAAUGCUUUGCGCCACACAAUCUAUCCUAACCCGAAAGAGUGGCCACGAAGCGAGUUUUCACAGCUCAAAGAUCAAGAGGGAGAGGAAAAGCAGUACGAGGCACCAUAUGAUCCUCACGGAAAACCGAACAAGUUUUGGUUCACUAUCGAGGCUACGGGCGCAUUAAGAGCAGAUCGAAUUGUCUAUUCUGGAAUAGCUGUCUUGAAAAAGAAGCUCACAGACCUGCAGCACAACCUCCGUAGUGAAUUGCUACAGCACGGAUUAGCCAUCAAUAACUGA